AUGAGGAAACUGAGGCAAUGGACGCGGAGACUCCUGCGGGAGCCUCUCCCAAGCCGUCCCCACUCCCACUCCGCGGUUCCCAUCUGGACCAGAGGGAGGGAGCGAAGCGAGCUGGAAGGAGGGGUGGUCAGGAUCCCAGAGAGGGGGUGCUCCGACCCGGGCCCUUCCCUCCACCUGCAGGGCCCUGCCCCCGCCCCGGCACUUCCGAAGCCUCGGCAUCCCCUCCUGGCCCGGGGCCGACGCCUCCCGCCCCCCUCCAGCCGGCCGCACCCCCUCCGGGGCCAGGCCUCCCGAGGCGAUUCCGCGCCCCGGAGCGAGCCGCGCGCCUCCCCACCCGGCCUGGCCCCGGGCCUCCCGCCCCCAAGGCCCCUCUCCGCCGGCGCGGGACCCGGGCCCGGGCGGGGCCGCUCCUCCCCUCGCGAGCCGGACUCCGGGUCCCGCCGCCGCGCUCAACUUCGGGGCGCAGUUGGCCGGGGACCGCCGCGCCCAGUCGGCGCGCACGCAGAUGUCCCUCCGGAACAGGUGGCCCGGGCGGCGGCCGAGCCCUCCCCGCCGCCUCCGCAGCCCACCCUCGCCCCGCCUUCUCGCGGCGCCCCUUCCCACCCGCGCCCCCGGCGUCCCCAGGGCCGCACCCCGGAGCCCCCGCCCGCCGCCCCCUCCGCGCGGUCCCCGGUACCUCCGGCUCCCGCGGCGGCGGCGGCGGCGGCGGACGAGCUGGCCCCGCGGGCCGGCGGGCAGCGCGGCGGCGGGAGGCAGCGCCCGGAGUCCGGCGGCGAGAGCGCCGCCCCUCCGGCCCGGGCGUGGUCAGCGCCGCCCCGCCCGCCCGCCCCGCUGGGUCCCCGCGGCUCUCCGCGCGGGGCCAGGACCACCGUCCACAGCCUCUAGAAGUUUCCACGGCUCUGCUCAGCUCUUGAUCUUCUGCUCCUUUCCCCACUCUUUACCUUGAUGCUGCCACCCAGACCCGCGGCUUUGGAGGCAUCUCUCUGCCGAUGACGCCCCAAUGUGGCCUGCAGCCCGGACCUCUCCGUGAAGGCACGUUUCCAAACUGUGCUCCCUUCCAGGGCUCCGGCCCACAGGCUGAUCUCUCCCCACGCUGUCCUGGAUCUCCCUCUCCUGCCGCUUGGGCCCCAAACCGUGCCUCCUCUCUGCCCGCCACCCACCUUCCCCACACCCACUCCAGCGACAAUCCUAUCAGAUCCACCUUGAAAAUAUGUCCAGAAUCUGACACUUCUCACCCCUCCCCCUGUCCAACCACUAGCCUCCCCCCAGGGACCUCAUCUGGCCUGUGCUCCUGCCUCCUGGACUCCCCUGUCCGAACAGUGGCCAGAGGGAGGUGGGCAGAGGUCAGACCCCAUCCCUCCACAUCCCUCCCCUGCCCAAGCCCUUCCAGGGGCUCCUCGCUGUUCUCGGAAGAAAAACCCCUGCCUCGCCCUGGCCUCUUCCCUUUGUCGGAUGCGGGCGCCGCCCAGCCUCUCUGGCCGCCUUGCUGGUGCUCGCCCCCUCCUUGCUCUCGCUGGAACAGACUGUCUGCCUGGAACAGUCUUGCCCAGAUACCCACGCGGCUGUCUCCCUCGCCUCCUUCAGGUCAGAGCUUCCUUGUCAGCUUCUGAGUGAGGAUGCGCUGACCUCCCUGUCUCAGAUCGGACAUGCAUAUCCUGUGCUCCCCCGAACACCUAUCACCACGCGACAUGCUCUGUUUCACUUACACGUUUAUUUUAAUGCCAGUCCUCUGGGGUUGUGAGUUCUCCAGAACAAGGGUUCCUGCUGACUUGUUCACUGCUAUGUCUCCCUCCUGGAACAGUGUUUGGAACAGAGUGACUGGAUGCUCAGCGCACAUGUGUAGAAUGAAUGAACCUGUAGGAUUUCACCACUGCUAAUAUUCACAAUGCCUUUUCUUUGUAUUGGCCUUUUCAUUUCAAUAAAUGUUUUUU